GGCGGCGGCGGCGGCGGCAGGGACCCGGGGCCGGGAGAACAGGCGCCCUUCUGGGAGCUUCACCGCGGCCGCGAGGCGGGGGCACCGUCGCUCACCAGCUCAUGCCGAGCCCCCAAGCCCCGAAGAGGAGGUGGGACUGUUCUCCGCGGGACAGGGCAGGUGUCUUCACCAGACUGUAAGCUCCGGGAAGACAAGUCUGCAUCCUUCUUCCUCUCCUCACUUCCUGCCUUUCUGACCAUCGCAUCCCCAGCAUCUGCACAGUACCUGACCAUCACUAAUGCUCCAUAACUGUGUUGCGUGGAUAAAUGAAUGAAGCAGCUCUAUGAGCAGGCUCUCUGAGGACUGCUCAGCUGGCCAUCAAGUCUCGGGGCUCUGGGGUUCCCCUCCCCGGAACUGCCCCCAGAACCAUGGAGAGUCUGAGUGAGCUACAGAAUCCACUGCUGCCUCAGAACCCCGCGCACCUCCCUGGCUCCUACCCCUAUCCCGAGGCUUCUCCCCACUGGCCGUGCCAGGAGAAGAUCUACUCCUACCUCCUGGGCAGUGCUGGCCCUGCUCAUGCCCACCAGCUCCUGGACCCAGGGUCCCUGCAGCUGGCUGUGGAGGCCUGGUACAGGCCCAGCUGCCUCCUAGGGAGGGACAAGGUCAAGGAGCCCAGGGCAGGCAGCUGUGAGACCAGCUUCACAGAGAGCAGGGAGCCCCAGGCUGGGCCUACGGAGCAGUCCACAGAAGCUGGCCCAGCAGAAGAGGAUGUCACCAUCCAGACUGUGUCCUAUGGGGUUCAAGAGGAGUUGCAAGGCCAAGAGGAUGACCAGGAGGAGGAGGAGAGUGAUGCAACCUCGACAGAGAGUGAAAGUGAAGACAACUUCCUUACGCUGCCUCCCAGGGACCACUUGGGUCUCACUAUCUUCUCCAUGCUCUGCUGCUUCUGGCCACUGGGCAUUGCCGCCUUCUACUUUUCCCAGGGGACCAGCAAGGCCAUCUCUAAGGGGGACUUCCGCUUGGCCAGCACCACCUCCCGCCGGGCCCUCUUCCUGGCCACACUCUCCAUCGCUGUAGGAACUGGUCUUUAUGUGGCCGUGGUGGUGGCUCUGGCAGCUUACAUGUCCCAGAAUGGCCAUAGCUAGUGGCCAGGAAGGCCUGGCAUCCUGACCCCACUGCUCUGCCCGAGGAGGUAGGGGGCUCGGGGUUGCAGACUCUCUGGGAAGCCCUGGCCCCUGCAGACAACCGAUGAGGGUGUCUUGUCAGGAGGAGGCCUCCCAGGCUGCAGCCUGUGGGGCACAACCUUCAAUUCUUACCAAUUGCAACCAGCCCAGAGCAGGGCCAAGGGCACCCUCUCCAGGCCAGGCCAUGUUGGGAAGCAGGAGAGGGUAGGCUGCCCACCAGGCCCUUCAAGCAGACCCUGCCUCUGGCUGGGAGCUCACCCCAUUCUGCUCAUUCCCUAAAGGGUCUGCCCUACAGGCAGCCCACUACCUAACCUCUCCUCAGAGAAAGAACAGAUUACAGGGAAGGAAAGGGCUGCAUAGGGGGCAGAGGACCUGACCCAGCCCUUUCAGCCCAGAGGAGUCUCCACCAGGGGACCACCUGAACUUCCCCAACUCUUGGCUGGCCUCGGCCAGCCAAGAGGGAAAUACACAGAAACAUAGGGACCCUUUGGUCUUUCUGAUUCUGGAGGGGGCUCAUAUCUCCUGUGGGCUUGUAAGACAGUGUAGAUUCUAGGUAAAGAAGGGGUGUCUCAGGCAUGUAAACUUUGCACCAAGGGUAGGUUCUUGGAGCUUCUCUGUGCAGGGACGAAAGGUAGACGUGAUAGAGAGCCAGGAGAGCCCUGAAAUAUUGCUGGACCACACAGAGCUCCCCACUCUGCCCCUGUUCCCUGCCCCCAUCAUCUUUUCCUGGGCUCCUCCUGGGGGUCUCUGAGCUGGCACCAUCCCAAGUAGAUAGCGAGAGAGUGCCAUCAGCCCAGCAGCCACUAAGAGCAGGGCCCUCAGUCCAGCCCUGUGGGAAUGCAGCUCUCAUCCUGAGCAGUGAGUGUAGAUGAGGGGAGGGACGCAGGCCUGGCAUGGCAGCUGAGCAGCCCAGGAAGGCUUCCUAGAGGAGGUGAGCAAGAGUGAGGAGAAUGUAUCUAAGGGAUACUAAGGGAUAACUCUUAGUAUUCGUGGGUAGGGAUAUGGCAGAAACCUCCCAAGGAGGGGCAUUCCACGCUAUUUGGAUUAUGCCUACAGCAUGCAGGCUGGAGCCAAACUCAAAGGAGAAGAAGGUCAGGCCUUCCUCUGAAAGGCCAAUGAGGUUUCUGACCUCUGAUUCCUCGGAGGUCAGCAGUGGACUCCUGGUCAGCCCUGAAGCUUCUUCACUGGCACCCCUGCUCAGAGCUGCACUCAACAUCCUCAGCCACUAGGGAACAUCCAGGCAGGCAAGAGGGAAGCGCAUUGGGAGGGCAGGUUCAUUGGGGUUCAAGCUAUAGGAUUUCAUUGUGCACAAUCUGGGGAUCUGGUCAUUCCCAGGCCCCAUCCAGAGCUUGGAGCUAUGGAUCCACCAUCUUGUCCCACCAUCUCCCCAACCCUAGGAGUUACCCAGCCCUCCACUCCCUGCACCCCUUGGUCUCACAGGCCCAGGAUCAGCAGUUUUAAUGUCCCAUUAUUGUAUAUAUUUAUCCUUGUAAUAAACAUUUAUGUAACACCUGGUGCCCGCUGGGCCUCUUACUGUCCUUUGCCUGCCUCCACCUCAACUGUGUUCCAUUCUUUCCGCAAGGCUGACCUCCAUCCUCAAGCCCUCCUGGCCCCCAGGAGCCUUCUUGAGAGGACACGUCCACAUCCAGGUCUUAGGAGGAGGAGUAGCCACUCUGGCUUGGAGGACUUCUCUGCUUGGAGUAGCCUGGAUGCAGGGUGAUGGCAUCUAUUUGAUUCUGCAAGGCAAGGCAAGGUCCAUGCUGAAGAAAGAGCCCUUCUAGACUUGAGAGCCUUGGAGGUCAGGAGGAAGGAAUGUGAGCCAGGGUGACUGAGGCUUUACUGAGCUGCCUGGAGCACCAAGGAGCCCCAAUACCCUGAUGGCCUCUCUCGAGUCCCUCAUAUCUCCCUACUGGGGGCUGCUCACAGGUGGUGUGGGGAGGAAACCAUCUCUGCCUGCCUCAGACCCCAGCCUCAACAUGAAAUCCCCAAUAGCCUCUCGGUCCCGGGCCCCCAGGAGCCUGCCUGGGCUGGCAGAGGGACCAGCCCGGCCUCUAGGUCACUGCAUGGAGGGCCUUAACACACCCACACCCAUAUGUGCCUACUUGUAAGACAGAACUACGCACACACACACAUACUGCGUGGGCUGGGUACCACUCAGAGAGAUUAGUGCGGUACAUUAAGGCUGCUCUUGGGAUAACGUUUAAGGAAGGGAACAGAAGGCAGAGCUCAACAGCGGGGAGGCCAGGCUGUGAUGCAGGCCCAAAUGACAGUCUGGGCCAACCCAAGGUGGGGACUAGCACCAAGAUGCUCUUCAGAGUUAACCUAAGUGGGGACAAAGGGUCAGGCUUUUAUACCUGUUUAUCAAUCAGUCACUGGAUGUGGGCCACUCAGAAAAGGAGUGUGACGUCAGGCAAGGUGGCUUUCUUCAGAUGGGACAGUUUCCAAGGUAGGUUUGCCCAGAAGACUGUUUACUGACAGCACCUGCAACAACUGCAGGACUCAGCCCGUCGUUCCUGUGGGGGCCUGAGCAGCACAGCACAGCACCCACCGCGCAGCAGCAGAAGCGCAGACUCAGUGGUGCCACCUAGAUCCCCUCUGCAUUACCACCCCACACUGAAGGCUGCUUCCUGGGAACUCUGUGACCCUUGGCCCACAGGCAGUACAAGCCAAAAGUGCCUUCAACCACUGAUGGAUGGGAGCUGGUGGACAAAUACCCAGAUUCCCUGCCCCUCUGGAUGGGAGGACACUAGUCAUGUUUGACACACUCUCGGGGUUCCCCAGUGAGACAGCUUCAGUUGCCUGCAGUGGUGAUUUGCUUAAGAGCAUGUCUCUCACUGGCUGCCUUUCUCUCCCAAUUUUCUUUUUCACUUCCCCGCCAUGCUUCCUGGGAUCAGCUCCCAAUAAACCACCUACAAUGGAACCCUUGUCUCAGAGUCGGCUUCUGGGGGAACCCAA